CACACACAUUCGACGAGGAGGAGGGAGGAAGGGAGGGGAGAGAAGAGAAGAAGAGCAGCAGCCGCAGUGAGCGAGGAGCAGGGAGGCAGAAAAGUGGAUGACGAUAAAACUGCUGUACUGAGACUGGUGCUUGUCGUUUGCGCUGCUGGGGAGUGGUGUCAGGAGAAUGCAGGGGAGAGAGGAGGCCUGUCCCAGCUCAUUUUAAGCUUGCAACAACUCGAAUCCUCGACACUCAGGACACGAGCCUUUAUUCUCCUCUUACCCAGAUCUUCUCCCCUUGUCUGCUGCCACAUUCUGUGGACACUUCGAGAGAUUGGGAGAGAGACUGUCGCUGAGCUGCUGCGCUUCAGCUGACCUCGAGCUGGACGAGGUGAGUCGAGCUCACGAUCUGCUCAAAGGCCGACAACACUCUCGAAGGAGACACAAAUUUUCAGACCUCCCUCCAUGCAGCGCGUCUCCCACCAGAUCACAUCCGAACGCAGAUCCCGCACAGAUUUCCCACUCAGCCAAACUCCGCUCGGGAACGACCCCCCGCCAUAAGCAGCGACAGCUCAAACUGACCAGCGCGCACACCCCGCACAGAAAACGCAACACUCCAGUGACCUCCACUGCAACAGCAGCUGCUGCAUUCACUCACUCGAUUUCUCGAGCUGCUGGAAGGAGUGAAGUCGCCGCCCGAGCUCAACUUCCCGACUCUCCAAUCUGGGACAGAACACUCGAACGAGAGAGAAGCUGCAGCCCGAGAGCUCAACCGAGCUGAACUGGGAUGAGCUGAACUGAACUGAGCUGAGCAGAGAUGAGCUGAGCUGAAUCGAUUCUGGGCACAGAGCGAUGCACAAACUGGCGAGAAGAUGUGGCAGGGGUGAGCUGAAUGCGGUGGGAGCAGCUGCGAAGUGAGAGAGGAGAGGGUCAGGAGACGGAGGAGAUGGAUUCGAGCUCGGGGGGCGAGGGGAGCUACGGAGGGAGGGAGGGGCCGAGAGUGGUGACAGUGCGCGAGGUGAGCUUUGCGCCCAAUGUGCGGUCGGAGGUGUCAUCACGGUCGGACGAGCCGGAGCUGAUCUCGAUCCCGGUGACACCGCAGGGGUCGACGCCGCCGAGCCAGGCGUCGCCACGCAUCUUCUCGCCAGGAAUUUUGACACCGAGCGGCGCUCAGACGCCCAGGGGGUUAGCGCUGGGCGCAAUGGGCGCAAUGGGCGCGAGCAUUCCGGGAAGCAGCAAGGCGCCGUCGAGCUUGCCGACCCCGAGCCUGCCGACGCCGAAAACGCCGUGGACGCCGGGGCUGCGGUCGCCUCGGUUCCUGGGCACGCCGCUGGCCACGCCCAUGCGCCGCGCUUUUGUGAACAUGAAACAAUAUUUGGAGGACAUUGGCCACUUCACGACGCUAAACCCUCGCGACGCCUGGCUACCGGUGACAGAGUCCCGAAAUGGCAACGUCUUUUACGCUGCCUUCCACACCCUCAACGCAUCAAUUGGCUUCCAGUCCCUCUUCCUGCCCGUGGCCUUUAUGUACCUCGGCUGGACUUGGGGCAGUCUUGCUCUGACAGUAGCAUUCGUGUGGCAGAUGUACACCACGCAUCUCCUCGUCAUGAUGCACGAGUCGGUGCCCGGCAAGCGCCUCAAUCGCUUCAUUGAGAUCGCGCAAGAAGCUUUCGGGCCGAAGCGCGGAUUGCUGAUCGUCAUACCGCCGCUGAUCCAGCUGUCGGCGGGCUACUGCGUGGCUCUGACUAUUCUGGGAGGGAGUGCUCUGCAGCUGUUCUACUCCACGGUGUGCACCGAGUGCUUUUACACCAAAGUGCUCACGGUCAUGGAGUGGUACCUCGUGUUCACGUGCCUGUGUUGGGUCGUGGCCCUGCUGCCCAACCUCAAUUCCAUCUCGUAUGUGUCGCUGGUCGGAUCCAUCAUGGCCGUCGCCUACUGCACUCUGCUCUGGGCCAUCUCGGUCGAUGCAGGCCGCCCCCUGCCCAUCUCCUACGACGCCGUUCGACGUAAGUCGGACCUGGCCACCGCUUUCACCAUCUUCGUUGCGCUCGGCAACGUCGUCUUCGCCUUCAGAGGCCACAAUCUCAUUCCAGAAAUUCAGGCGACCAUGCCUUCCAGCUUGAAGAACCCUGCUCACGUGCCCAUGUGGAGAGGAGUGAGGAUUGCCUUCGUGACGGUGGCCAUCUGCCUCUUCCCCAUUGCAAUCGCCGGCUACUGGGCUUACGGAGACAAGAUGCUGCCGUCGGGGAUCCUAUUCUCGCUGUACCACUACCACGUGAUGGGGGCGUCGAGGGUGCUGAUCGGGAUGACAUUCCUGAUGGUGGCGCUGCACGCGGUGACCACGUACCAGAUCUACGCCAUGCAGCAGUUCGACUUCUUCGAGAUGCUGCAGACGAUGAGGUCGAACCGGCCCGUGCCCUGGUGGCUGCGCCUGCUCUUCCGCUCGGGCUUCGUCUUCUUCAACUUCUUCGCGGCCGUGGCGCUGCCCUUCAUCAGCAGCUUGGCCGGCUUCCUGGGCGGCAUCAGCUCCAUCCCCAUCAGCUUCGCCUUCCCGUGCUUCAUGUGGCUCUGGAUCAAGAAGCCCAGCGUCCGAAGCUUCGACUGGUACCUCAACUGGACGCUCGGCAUCUUCGGCAUCUGCCUGUCUCUGUGCGUGAGCGUCAGCGGCAUCUGGAGCAUCGUCGACACCGGAUUGAGGUUGAACUUCUUCCGCCCCGGAGAAACAUAAUCGCACGCUGCUCGCCGGCAGAACGAAGGAAUUUCUCGAAAUAGAGAUUAGUGCACGAUAGGAACCACCACUUGGGAAAUAGAGAUUAACACAGAGUAGGAAUCACCACUUUGGGAAGAAGCUUAGUUUAGGUGUAGGACGGUCUUCCGGCCUCGUUAUCAUGUAAUGUGAGGAUCAACUCCAAUACCAAUCAUGGAUACGAAGAGAUCAGUGCAGAGGUGUUUGAUGGAUUGUAGAGGUGUUGGAUGGAUUGAUUGUCUGCCACGUGUGGACUCUGUUCAGGAAUAUACACCACCUUUCGAGAAAUAUACUUCGUGCAUUCGGUCAGAGCAC